CACAACAAAUAUAUUUGCAAAAUGUCCCUAUCGUCUCUCUCUCCCUCUACCGAAAAACAAUAUAAAAAUCUCACUCUUCACUCUUCAAUCUCUGCAUUUUCCAUUAACAAUCAAAUGGAGAAAUAUUCAACUUUCGUUUGCCUUCUCCUCCUCCUCCUCCUCCUCCUUUUUCAACAAGCCUCUCCUUCACCAAAUAACGACCAGGCGGCUUACAUUGUGUACUUUGGGGAGCACCGUGGAGACAAGGCAUGGCACGAAAUAGAAGCAACCCACCAUUCGUAUUUGACCUCUGUGAAGGACACUGAAGAAGAAGCAAGAUCGUCUCUUAUUUACAGCUACAAACACAGCAUCAAUGGCUUUGCAGCAGUCCUCAGCUCAGAAGAAGCCUCUAAACUUUCAGAAAUGGAUUCGGUUGUGCGUGUGAUUCGGAGUGAGAAGUACAGCACUCAAACCACAAGGUCGUGGGAGUUCUCAGGGGUGGAAGAGGAUAAACCGAGGCUUAAUGACUUGGUUUCCAGAGCUAAAUUUGGGAAAGAUGUUGUCAUUGGGAUGCUUGACAGUGGUGUGUGGCCAAAAUCCAAGAGCUUUAGUGAUAAAGGGAUGGGGCCCAUUCCAAAAUCAUGGAGAGGAAUCUGCCAAACAGGACCUGCCUUUCAAUCUGCUCAUUGUAAUAGGAAGAUAAUUGGAGCACGAUAUUACCUGAAGGGAUACGAGAAUUACUUUGGGCGUUUAAAUGAAACGGAGGACUACCGAUCACCCUGCGACAAGGACGGCCACGGCUCACACACAGCCUCCACCGCCGGCGGCCGGAGGGUGUUCAACGUGUCGGCGUUCGGCGGCGUGGCGAGGGGCACGGCGUCGGGCGGCGCCCCGGGUGCCCGGCUGGCAAUUUACAAAGUGUGCUGGGCAAUUCCGAAGCAGAUGAAAAUUCUGGGCAACGUUUGCUUUGACACCGACGUGUUGGCCGCCAUGGACGACGCCAUCGCCGACGGCGUCGACGUUCUCAGCCUGUCGAUCGGAAAGGCGGAUCCGUACAAUUACACCGACGACGGAAUCGCCAUCGGAGCCCUCCACGCCGUUAAAAAGGACAUUGUGGUGUCUUGUAGCGCCGGGAACUACGGGCCCACGCCGUCCGCGUUGUCCAAUUUCGCGCCGUGGAUUAUCACCGUCGGAGCCAGCACUGUGGACAGGGAAUUUUACUCUCCCGUAAUUCUGGGAAAUGGAUUCAAGAUCAGGGGAUUAUCAGUGGCCCCAUCGAUGCUUAAGAGGAAGAAGAUGUACCCAUUAGUAUAUGCUGGAGAUAUAAUGAAGCCGCAUGUACCAAAAAACCAAUCCGGAGUAUGUGUUGCGGGGUCGCUUUCACACGAGAAAGCGAGAGGAAAAAUAGUGCUGUGCUACAGAGCAGAAGGAAUCAGCAGAUACGCCGGCAGCCUCGAAGUGAAGAGGUCCGGUGGCGCCGGAAUGAUUCUCGGAAACGUCCCGGCGGUCGGACGUAAGCUGCACGCCGAUCCCCAUUUUGUUCCGGCCACUGCUGUGUCUUACGAAGAUGCAAAUAUAAUCCUCAAAUAUAUCAAAUCUCGAACCAAUCCAACGGCGACUAUUGUUCCCCCGAUCACGAUCUACGGCUCCAGGCCAGCGCCGGCCAUGGCCAACUUCUCUAGCAGAGGUCCAAAUCCCAUCGACCCUCAUAUUCUCAAGCCGGACAUAACAGCACCGGGAGUGGACAUUCUAGCGGCAUGGUCGGGAGAGGAUUCCCCCACAAAACUGCCCAAAUCCCUAGACCCUCGCGUCGUCCACUACAAUCUCUACUCGGGCACCUCAAUGUCGUGCCCCCACGUGGCCGCCGCCGCCGCCCUCCUCCGCGCCAUCCACCCCACCUGGUCCCAAGCCGCCAUCCGCUCCGCCCUCAUGACCACCGCCACCACCACCAACAAAUACGGCCGCCCCAUCACCGACGACGCCUCCGACCACUCCGCCCCGGCCACCCCCUUCUCCUACGGCUCCGGCCACUUCCGCCCCUCCAAGGCCGCCGACCCGGGCCUCGUCUACGACGCCAACUACACCGACUACCUCGUCCACCUCUGCGCCCUCAAAAUGGCGCACUCCAUCGACCCCUCCUUCACGUGCCCGGCGCGUGCACGUGCACAUGACCUGAACUACCCUUCCGUGGCCGUCCCCAGGCUGAGAGGCGGCGGCGGCGGCGGCGUGAGAGUUGUGAGGACGGUGAGGAACGUGGGGGGGAGUAAAAGCGCGUACUUCUUCAGGGCGUCGGCGCCGGCGGGAGUGAGCGUGAGGGCCUCUCCCAGCGUUCUGUACUUCUCGCGAAUGGGGCAGAGGAAGAGAUUCACGAUCACAAUAAGUGGGAAGGCGGAGAUUGGUGGUGUUGAUGGGAGCGGCUACUCAUUUGGUUGGUUCGCUUGGACCGAUGGAAUCCACUUUGUAAGAAGCCCAAUUGCUAUCUCCUCCGCUUAGUUCUUUUUUUUUUCUCUCUCUCUCUCUCUUUAGUUAUAUAUCUCUCUCUUUAAUUAUAUA